UGUGAUGCGGGAGGCGGACAUUGUGGUUCAAGUUGUGAUAGAGGGAUGGGGAUUUCUGCGAGUGUUGUGUCAUCGACCGAAAAGUGGAAAGGUGAUAGUGACUGGGAGGGAGAUGGUGCAGAUGGUGUUUCGAGAUUGAGGGUGGUGGUAGCGGUGGACGGUGUGGAUGAUGUUGUGAGAUUGGGGGUGGUAGAUGGUGUGGACGAUGUUGUGAGAUCGGGGGUGGUAGUUGUUGCAGCGAUGGAGAUCGGGAUGGAGGCGUCGGUGGAUGCGGUGGUGGUAGAAGGGUUCGUGGGUAGUGUUAUGGUAGUGGAUGGCGCGGCGAGGUGGCAGUGGAUGUGUCGGGAGGGGGUGUCGUCGAUUGUGUUGUGGUUAGAAUGGGUGUACAUGUUGUCGAUGUUGUUGCCGAUGCGGGCGUUGUUGGCGAGUGGUUGGCCUCAGCGGUUAUCGAUGCCAAAGUCUUGAGUUUUUUCGAUAGCGAACCUGCAGGGCAAUGGGAAAUCUGUUGUUAAAAAUUGUGAGGUUUGCUUUAGAUGAGA